CAAAAGAUGCAACAUGAUGAAGUGAAAUAGAGAUCAUAGGCACAGGAUACAGCGAAAGAGACAUGCGGGCAAGGCUGUUCCUUUGGCCGUUCGGGGCGGACGCCCUGUAGCCCACAUGACGGUUUCACGAGCCAUAUGGAUAGUGCAAGCACUUGCGCUAGUCGGGGUGUGCGGGCGCGGCACGGUGGCAGAGUUGGCGGCGGCCUUGGGACCGCCCGCGCUCCCCCACACAGCCGCACCCCUCACCGGCGUUCACCCAUGGACGGUUGCGCGCCCGGAAUGGGACGAGUUCCUCAGGCAAAACCUGGAGGCUGACCUGGAGCCGUGGCGGAAACGUGCGCCGCUGCAAACCAAGGAGGUCAUCAAAAUGUUCGACCACUAUCGAAAGGAACUGCCACCCGACUUGCUUCUGCUUGUGCUUGUGUACAACAACACGCUGUACUGGUUGGAGACGCCGGAGGGGCCGGCGACGCGGGAGGUGCCGCGGACAGCGAGCCCCUACAAGCAAUGGCUGCACACGUACCUCACCAAGGCUCUGGCCCGGCGGCGGCUCCAGCUACCCAACGUGCUGUUCAUCUACAACACCUUUGACAACGGGAACCGCAUCGGCAAGCCCACGCGCAACAUCACGGUCCCGCCCUUCAGCCUGUGCAAGUCGCGGGGGUGGUACGACGGCGACGAUCUGGACAUACUGGUGCCGCAGAUGAUGGCAAUACCCGACGCGCUGCACAGCGUGCCGUGGCACCUCAAGAAGGACCUGGCCUUCUUCCGCGGUGUGCCGAGCUGCUCACGCAUGUGGGAGCAGACGUACAAGCGCGAGGAGGCGUGUUCCCGCAUGCACCUGGCGUACCUGUCGGAACGGGACCGGCGCGCGGGCAACGCCACAGCACUGGAUGUGGGACUGGCGGACGAGUACAAGGUGGUGGGCGAGAAGAAGUCCACGCCCUACGAGCUGCCCAAGUAUGACAGGGUGCCGCUUGAGACGCAUGCCCACUACAAGUGGCUUCUCAACCUGGAGGGGGUGGUGGCUGCUUACCGGAUGGGUCAGCUGCUCGCUAUGAACUCGCUGGUCCUGCAUCAGCGCACCUACUUCAUAGAGUACUUCUACAGGUCUCUGCAGCCCUGGGUUCACUACGUGCCGUUUUGGAACGCCACGGGGUCUGGCGGCGAGCCGGCGAUGGACGACGUGUACGGCGUGUUGGAGGACGUACGGCGGCUGGAUCGAGAACAGCCCGUACGGGUACAACAGAUCAUAGCUAACGGCCAGGCAGUGGCAAAGAUGUUGGGCAAGUCCAUGCGGCUCGAGUACUACAGGGCAGCCCUGGAGGGAUACAAGGCGCUGUUCCCAGACAUGGACUCAUUCGUGGAGGCCUUUGUCCAGACGCUGCGGAGCAAGGGGUCAGACAUCCCGUGAAGUGAGACAGGACGAGACACCACUCGCGAAGCCGCGGCCGGCGGAUGGAGGUGGGGCGGCCUGCUGAUGGCCGCGCCUGCCGAUGGCCGGGCCUGCCGAUGGGCCUCGCUGCUGUUGGGGGCGGGCGGGUGUGUAGCACGCGGUGGUUGGUGACACUGCAAAUUGGAUUGCAGGGUGCGAGCGACGAGCGUAUCACGGUCUCGUCUCAGCCUGCCGCUGUGAGCCCGGUUGUGGUGUAGGUUGUGUGUGGACAUCGCGGGAGUGGCGGCCGUCACGCACGGCUGGGCGGGGCCGUUGCGCAGCAGGCAGGGCGCGAGGUGGCCUCGUGCUGCCCCCUAGGGCCUAGGACCUUGUCACUAGGUAGUACUCGUAUUGGGGUAGUCCCUGAACGGCUAGCGAGUCGGCAGGUUGCAGCUGCUGCCUACGCAGCAGUCAGCGGGACCUAGCCUUCUAUCUGCGUGGCUGAGAGCGGGCUUUGCCGUACGUGUGUGGGCUGUGGGGCUGCUGUGGGGCGUCAUUAGGCGAUAAGCCUGAGCUUUGCACUCCCUCUAAGCAGUUAUCGUAUUGUCACGAUGUCACAUGUACUCCGGCUGGGCGGGCCCCCUGACCGACCCUGCUGAACUUUGAGGCCACUUGCUCUUACUGCUCUGAUUAGGACAUGAGAGCGAACGAGCCGUUUUCAUAGG